GGGGCCCCUGUGGAAGAUAAAGGCCAACAUCCCAAGACAGCCGGGAAGCCACUAUUAAUUGGAACGUCCGGGGAAUAACUUGCUGGCCCUUUCCUUGCUGAAUCUAACAGAAUGUAGAGGCUAUUCCUUAGAACUCAAGGCUCGACCACCCCAGCACCCAUACCCAGCUAUUCUGGAAGAUGUAGGUGUCCUACCUACGUUGCCCCACCAUGUCCCAAGUCCUUGAAACCCAGAGAAAAGUCACUGGCUCUGCACUCUUCGCAGUGGUUCUCAGGGCUGGAGCUAGACCCAGGGUGGGAUCAGGAUACAGCUUUCUGGGCUUAGAGUUAAAGCCUGUGCCUGCUUCCCUUAUGUAGUGUGCACCACACCAGCAGCGAGGGGCUCCGUCUGGUAGAGGAGCAUAACCCCUCAGCUUCGGAAGAGUGGCAGACCCUACCCUAGCCAUCCCCCAAGGGGAGUUGUUCUGGAUGGCGCGGGGGCGGCGGGCAGGCUAACUCUAGUAGCUCUAGUCUAGGAACAUAGGGGCUGGGCUAGUGGGGAAGCCCCGGGCUACACGACCGACCUGAGUAGCACUCGCAGGGCCCAGGCGGUACAGACCGCAAUGGAGCCACGGCUGCUGCGGGGCUGCGUGGUGGAGCCUCUGUUCCUACCACUGCUGCUGCUGCUGCUGCUACUGCUGCUUGGUGGCCAGAGCCAGGGCGGCACGUCUGGCAGGUGUGACUGUGCCAGUGAGUCCCAGAAGAGGUAUGGCCCGUUUUGUUGCAGGGGCUGCCCAAAGGGACACUACAUGAAGGCCCCCUGCAUAGAACCCUGUGGCGAUUCCACCUGCCUUCCUUGUCCCUUGGGCACCUUCUUGACCAGAGACAACCACUUUAAGACUGACUGUACCCGCUGCCAAGUCUGUGAUGAAGAGGCCCUUCAAGUGACCCUUGAGAACUGCUCGGCAGAGUCGGACACCCACUGUGGCUGCCAGUCAGGCUGGUGUGUUGACUGUUCCACCGAGCCAUGUGGGAAAAGCUCACCUUUCUCUUGUGUCCCAUGCCCGGCUACGCCGCCGCCGCCAGUCUAUGAGGCUCCAACCCCCUGGCCCUGCCCGCCUGGCUUCUAUAUGCGUGGCAAUGAUUGCACGUCCUGCCCCACGGGCUUCAGCAGCGUUUGCCCUAAGGCUUGCACUGCUGUCUGUGGCUGGAAGCAGAUGUUUUGGGUCCAGGUACUUCUAGGAGCCGCGUUCCUUUUGGGGGCUAUCCUGAUCUGUGCAUAUUGUCGAUGGCAGCCUUGUAAGCCCGUGGUCACUGCAGACAUGGCUGCGACGGAGACCCUGGCCUCACCACAGACUAUCCGUCUCUCAGCCUCAGACAGCGCCCACACCCUCCUGGCACCCCCAAGCAGUACUGGGAAAAUCUGUACCUCCGUCCAGUUGGUAGGCAACAACUGGACCCCUGGCUUAUCCCAGACUCAGGAGGUGGUCUGCGGACAAGCCUCACGACCCUGGGAUCAGCUGCCAAACAGAACUCUUGGACCUCCCUUGGCAUCUCCGCUCUCGCCAGCGCCCCCUGCGGGCUCUCCGGCUUCUGUGCUCCAGCCUGGCCCGCAGCUCUACGACGUGAUGGAUGCGGUCCCAGCACGAAGGUGGAAGGAGUUCGUGCGCACGCUGGGGCUGCGGGAAGCGGAAAUUGAAGCUGUGGAGGUGGAAAUCUGCCGCUUCCGAGACCAGCAGUAUGAGAUGCUCAAGCGCUGGCGUCAGCAGCAGCCUGCAGGCCUGGGUGCCAUUUAUGCGGCCCUGGAGCGCAUGGGUCUGGAAGGCUGUGCUGAGGACCUGCGCAGCCGCCUGCAACGCGGCCCGUGAUGUGAGGUCCAUCAGCCACGUUGACACUCUAGUGACCUUUGAAGGAGCCUUAAGUAUUGUUACUUACGCGUGUAGACAUUUUAUGUCACUUACUAACCCCCUGCCGUGGUCCUGCGUAGCCGGGCUGGUUGCCUCACCUUUGCUUAUCUGCAGCACGGAGCUCCAGCGAAGGGAAGCUUCAUGGAGAAAUACCAGAAGGGGCCAAGUGACUGGUUGCUCAGCUGUUAAUUAGCCCGAGUUUGGACUUGGUAUUAAAUUUCGUAAGAAAAGCAGCUGCUUG